GUGGAUUCAAAAGGUUCUCCAAGUCUAACAUGCCUUGAGAUCCCAUCCUAACCAUUAUUUUUUUUUCUUUACAAUUCCAGGGUCCAGUGAGUUCACAAUGGAAAAUAUCACCACUUUGACAGACUUCGUUCUUCUGGGUCUCACCGAUGCCCCCGAUUUCCAAGUUGUACUUUUUCUCUUUCUCUUUCUUAUCUAUGUAUUCAGUGUCAUCAGCAACCUGACCAUUAUCACUCUCACUAUUAUGGAUGCCCACCUGCAGACUCCCAUGUAUUUCUUCCUUCGGAGUUUUUCCAUCCUAGAAAUUUUCAACACAACUGUGUUUACUCCCAGGCUCCUACACAGUAUUGCAACAGGCAACAAAACCAUCAGCUUUGCUGGAUGCUUCAUUCAGUACUUUUUUGCCAUAUUUCUGGGGGCCACAGAGUUUUACCUUCUGGCUGCCAUGUCCUAUGACCGCUAUGUUGCCAUCAAAAAGCCCCUGCAUUACACAACCAUCAUGAACAAUAGAGUAUGCCUCCUCCUAGUUCUGUGCUCUUGGCUGGCUGGGUUUCUGAUUGCUUUACCAGCAGUCAUAAUGCUAAGCCUUCUGGAUUUCUGUUCAUCUAAUAUAAUAAAUCAUUAUUACUGUGAUACUACUCCAAUUCUGAAGCUCUCUUGCUCAGAGACAGACCUAGUAGAGUUGGUUGAUUCUCUUUUUGCUAUAGUAACACUGAUGGCCACCUUAGGGUUAGUGAUUUUCUCCUACUCUAACAUUAUCCAGACAAUUCUCAGAUUUCCUUCUGCUCAGCAAAGGAAAAAGGCCUUUUCUACCUGUUCUUCUCAUAUGAUUGUCAUUUCCCUUUCUUAUGGCAGUUGUAUUUUCAUAUACAUUAAGCCUUCAGCAAAGGAAGACUUCAGUUUCCAAAAAGAAGUAAGUUUACUCCCAAUUGUCAUCACUCCCCUACUGAAUCCCUUCAUUUACACCCUAAGGAAUAAACAAGUGAUACAAGCCUUCAAGGAUUUGAUUCAAAAGAUCCUGAGUCAUGGAUAAGAAAAACAAUUCAAGCCUGUGUGAAAAACAUGAGAGAAAAAGAAAAAGGUGAACAAAGCAGCAGAUAUCCAAAAACAUUGUCUCUGAAUUAAAUUCAUUCAACAAAUCUUUUAAAGAAUACAUUGUUAGGUGAUGGAGAAACAG